CUAUAACAAAGAUACACAAUGCUGACUUUGGAAAUGUUCUCGUUAUUAGACCUUGCGGACCACUACAGUGGAGAACUGAUUUCACACAUCCAUUAAAAAUCAACCUUGAGUUCAGCUAGUGAAAAGUCAUAUGCAAAAAUUGCCUAGGAAAAGUUGCUUGCGUUGUACAUUUUGAGGCAAAAUGCAGAUCGGAGAAUCUGUUUACGAAGCCUCAAAAACAAACAUUCCAGUGUCCUGAAGCUCCACGGGCCGCGCGCUAAGUCAACGCCUGGAUGUGCAACGUUUAUAUUCAACAAUCAAUUGAGGUAUUCAGUAAUGUGGGCCCGAGCAACACACAAAUGCAGCUGUGUCCAGUCAGCUUCCUAGAGCUCCGCAGGAUGCACGGACAGUCCCCAGGAGUCUCCGCCUCCCUCGCGUGCGAUGGCUUCUCAGGUCCCUGCCGCUGUGUUUUUCUUCCCUGUCCUGGGCAGCGCGCACAGUCACACAUACACACAGCUUUCUUUUCCCUGGAUCCACCAUCCUGGGCUGAGAAGCCAGGAGAGAGGGUGGCGAGGUUUGGAGGAACCGCUGGGACGACUGGAUUUUGAGUAGCGAUUCUUCACCAUGGACAGAUUCUUCAUCGUCUUUAGAAGCCUGGUCCUGUUGCAGGUGCUCUGCUUGGCCUUAUCGCAAGUGACCGGUCCGCCUGGAGCGCAGGGCCCCCCUGGUCUCCCCGGCCCCGCUGGAACUCCCGGCGCCGACGGCAUUGAUGGUGAAAAGGGUCCUCCUGGACCUCCUGGACCAGCAGGUCAAAAGGGAGAGUCAGGUGAGCCCGGUCCUGAUGGAUCUCCAGGGGAGGAUGGCAUCGAUGGUUUGAUUGGGGCUAAGGGUGAGAGGGGCCCUCGUGGUAAUCCUGGACCAAAGGGUCAGCCAGGGCCUGGUGGGUCACCAGGGCGUCCUGGACCUGGACUGGCUGGACUUCCUGGAGCAGCAGGACCCAUUGGGCUUCCUGGACAAAUUGGGCCUACUGGGCCAAAGGGGGACAUGGGAAGUCCUGGAGCUCCAGGUUUACCCGGACCUCCAGGAAAGCCGGGUCCGCCAGGAAAGUUUUUGGGUGUAGAGGAAGGCAGUGCUGACUUUCAGUGUCCAACCAACUGUCCACCUGGACCAAAAGGUCCUCAGGGCCUACAGGGAGUGAAGGGACAUAAAGGUCGCUCUGGGGUACUGGGAGAUCCAGGAAGCAUUGGAAAAUUGGGCAUAAAGGGCGAAUUCGGCAUCUCCGGUGAACAAGGAAUACCAGGCCCUCCAGGUCCACAGGGUCUGAGAGGGUAUCCAGGAAUGGUGGGGCCCAAAGGCGAGUCGGGACCACGUGGUUAUAAAGGGAUUUUAGGACCAAUCGGCAUCCCUGGACGCCCUGGUGAAGAGGGACCCCAAGGACCACCUGGAGAGCCUGGUGACAAAGGCGAAAUUGGAGAGCGUGGAGUUCGAGGGCCUCAGGGGGUGGUCGGAAAGAAGGGAGAGAAUGGUCUUCCAGGAAUUGAUGGAAAAGAUGGCACUCCUGGUAUCCCAGGAAUAAAGGGAGCUGCAGGACAAAAUGGAAGACCUGGAGCCCCUGGGCAUCAGGGAGAUGCUGGUUUGCCUGGUAUGCCUGGAGCCAAGGGUGAAAUUGGAGUUAAGGGUGAGACCGGACCCAGAGGCUCGAUGGGAAUGCAGGGUUCUCCGGGACCUCAAGGAGAGCCUGGUCCUCCAGGGGAAGCUGGCAUGGAGGGAGUACCAGGACCAAAGGGUGACAGGGGCGAAAGAGGAGCAGUUGGGCCUUCUGGUAUUGUUGGCUUGCCUGGCAGUAAGGGAGAGAGGGGACCCAUGGGCGUCCCAGGUGCUCAGGGUCUAACUGGAACUAAGGGUGACAAGGGAUUCCAAGGCAAAGUGGGAUCAAAGGGAGACGUUGGUGAUCCUGGAGUAGAGGGAUUGGCUGGGGAGAAAGGAGAGAAGGGACAAUCUGGGGAGCCUGGACCCAAGGGACAGCAAGGUGUGACCGGCGAUCAAGGGCACAACGGUCCUACCGGAGACCCCGGUAAACCAGGAGACCAGGGUCCUUCAGGCUUACCCGGUCCACGUGGCCUGCACGGAGAAAGAGGAGUUCCAGGGAUGCCAGGAAUACAAGGAGCACCUGGUCGUGAUGCUACAGAUCAGCACAUCAUUGACGUGGUCCUGAAGAUGCUUCAAGAGAAGUUAGCGGCAUUAGCGGUGAGCUCUAAGAGAGCCGUGCUGGGUGGAGCUGGUGUGAUGGGACCUCCAGGUCCUCCAGGACCACCUGGACCUCCAGGACCUCAGGGACCUCAUGGACUGACAGGCGGCCGUGGCAUUCCUGGCAUAAUCGGGGGCUCAGGCCAGAUAGGAAACACCGGCCUUAAAGGGAAGAGGGGUGCAAAGGGAGAGAGAGGAGAUCCUGGACGUCCACAUCCUGGCCAACCGGGACCACCUGGACUGCCAGGUCCUCCAGGUCUUGACGGUGUUGCACGUGACGGUAGGCCAGGCGAGCGAGGACCCCAGGGUGCAGUGGGUGAGCCAGGCCGUUCUGGAAAAGCUGGUCCUUCUGGUCUUCCUGGAUAUUGUGAAGCAGCUGCAUGUUUGGCAGCGUCCGCCUACACUUCUCCCAGAUUACAAGAGGCGGGAACAGUAAAGGGCCCAUCCACUUAAAUCAAGCCCUCUACUGGGGCAUAAGAACAUCUGGGAGAGAAAGAGAGAGUCAGAAAGAAACAAAGAAAGGGGGAGAAGCAUGGAAAGAGGGGCGCACAGGCCUACUCUUCAAUGGACACAUUGUGAGGGGGGAGGGAACAGCUGCUGCUUGAUAUUGUGAACUUUUUGUAUGUAUUAGGAUUGUUAAUAUAUGAUUUGACAUCUGCGGAAAGGAAGUGAUAAGUUGGCAAUGUCAGCCGCUGCUGCUCUGUCCAACCUCACAGUACAGAGAGAUGUGAGAACAUUGCCAGUGACAUCACUGAUGACAUCAUCAUCGUGCACCCAGGACUAGAAGAACUAUGAGAAUGACAU